UAUUGUACAUAGAUAAUGCGUCUUUUGCUAAAUAAACGCAAUAGCCCCAGCUUUGAUCAUGUACUAACAGCCAUCACGCAAGUUGUACGCCUCGAUACUUAUGUACGUAAAGUAUUUACCCUCUCCGGCUGUCCAGUUGUGCAGCUAGCUGAUUUUUUUGGUCCCGAUGACGUUUUCUUUGCCUAUGGCACAGAGAGGGUCAACAAUCCAGAUGAUUUUAAACUCGAACCCGACGAACACAAAGCCAUACAAGCGAUACGGAAGUCGCUACGUACAGCAGGAACAACAUGCAAGGGUCCCAAACCGAAAAUGCCCGUAAAGAGUAAAAAUCUGAAUAGCGCCAAGCAUCAACAAAAUCACCAGCAAGAGCCAUGUGAUCAGAUUGUCGACGAAGAUUUGACAGCGUUAAAUGAGAGCGGUAUAGAUGCAAACGAAUUGCCUGGAGUUAUACGUGAACGUUACGCAUUGGGACAGAUUAUAGGUGAUGGUAAUUUUGCCGUUGUACUGAAGAUCAAAGAUCGACAGAGUGGCUUGCCAUAUGCGCUGAAAAUUAUCGAUAAAAGUAAAUGUAAAGGCAAAGAGCACUAUAUUGAUGCCGAAGUGCGUGUGAUGAAGAAGUUACAACAUCCACACAUUAUUUCAUUAAUCAUAGAUGUCGAUCAGAUGUCAAAUAUGUAUUUGGUGCUGGAGUACGUAAGUGGUGGUGAUCUUUUCGAUGCUAUAACACGCGUAACACGAUUUUCCGAAAAUCAAUCACGAGUGAUGAUCAAGCAUUUGGCCUCAGCGAUGGCCUAUUUACAUUCCAUGAGCAUUGUGCAUCGUGACAUCAAACCUGAAAACCUAUUGGUUGAGUUAGACGCUAAUGGCUGUGUAACCGAGCUAAAACUGGCUGAUUUUGGUUUGGCCUGUGAAGUGACUGAACCAUUGUACGCCGUUUGUGGUACGCCAACUUAUGUUGCACCAGAGAUACUAAUGGAAACAGGCUACGGUUUGAAGAUCGAUGUCUGGGCAGCUGGUAUUAUAUUAUACAUCCUGCUUUGCGGUUUUCCACCUUUCGUUUCACCCGACAAUCAACAAGAACCUCUAUUUGAUGCCAUUAUAUCUGGAGUCUAUGAAUUCCCGGAGCCCUAUUGGUCAGAUAUUGGAGAUGGUGUACGUGACCUAAUUGCGAACAUGCUGCAAUCGGAUCCGGAAGUGCGUUUCACCAGCGAGGACAUCCUUGAUCACUACUGGACUCUCGGCGAAAGUAAUGAAUACAGCAGUUGAAUUUGUCGCCUAAAUGUGGUAGAAAAAAGGAGGGGAGACGUAAACAACAAAAACAACAAGUUUUGCAUUAUAGGACUAAAACUAGAAUAGUUGGCAGUACUUGUUUUUUUGUCCACGUAAACACUUUGCUUUAGUUUUAGUACCGUGUAUUUAAUUGCUUAUAAACAUUAGGGGUAUACAUAUAACAUGAUAACCUGGCUAUGAACGUGAUAAAAUUAUAGAAUUGUAUGGAAUUUAUAAUUUUAUCAAGUUUAUCGGCAGUUUAUCUCGUUAUAUGAAUACCCGUAUUAUAAUUUACGAAGAUUAAUUAUAUGGGAAAAAUUCAAGCUACAUACAUACGGCAAUGGAAUAACGUUAAAAACAAGAAUAAAUACGAAAUUACUGAUAAUUUUUGUAAGCACUGAAAAUGUUAUUGCGAAAUUUUUUAAUUAACAACGACUUAACUAAAUGCGUGCAUAUUAAAAACACAAACUUUCAUACAUAUAAACAUAUUCACAUAAGCAUAUGCAUAUAGUAUGUAUGUAUGCUUAGUAUUUUAUUAGACUAUAGUAUUUAUAAUUUAGUGCUUCUUUAUGCGAAAACCUUCGAAAUUUAAACAGCUAAAGAAAUUCUGACAAAAUAGAUCACAGCACUUUUAGAACGACGAAAAUAUGAGUCAGAAGAAAUUUCACACCUCAAAUGAAAUUAUGUAUAUCAAUUGAAACACAAAACAGCGAAGCGCUGUUGAAAGAAAAAACACCAAUCAAUUAAUUGCUGAUGCUAAUUCUUGUAUAUUUUUUAUAUAAAUAUUUUCUACUCACUUUUUAUUUGUUAUUUUGUAUUGAAAUAUUUACCUGUUACUGUCCCCCGCUAAUAUUUCCUUGCAGAACAACCUAUGUAUUUCACCCUUUGGGUAUUAUUUUUCAUUAAAACGUUUACUGUUCGUACUUGCGAUAAGGGCUUAGCUGUAAAAUAUUUUUAUGUUUUAUGUCAUUAUAUUUUUUAGUUUUCAUUUAAAAUGCAAAACAAAAAAUCAGAAAUAUGUCCUUUAAAAUGCUAUUUAUGUAACUACUUAUUAGAGUUUUGUUUGCAUAUCUUAUUAAAUAAUUAUUAAAUAACCCAAAACAAGAUUAUUGUAUUAUUAUUCUUAAAAUAUUUUAAGGUAGUUUCUACAGCAAAUUUUUAGUAUCGUAAUGGUUUGAAGACUUUAAAUUAGUAAAUCAUUCUAGAAUGCAUUGAUUAUUGAAAACACUAUCAAUGCUUAAAUUGCGCUGUAUUAUCAUUUCAACAGCACUUCAAAAGAGUUGUAAAUUUUUACUUUAUUUUUAGUCACAAAUCUAAAACUGAUCUUUCGAAAUUUUAAAAACGUGUUAGUUCUAUUUUUUACUUUUUAUGGUUGUCUUUGUUAAGCGAAUGGUCUCUGGAGUUGUACGUAUGUAUGUAGCUUCAUAUUUGUUGUAAAAAACAGUUUUAGAUUUUUCUUUAUAUUCUGUCCAAAUCUACAUACAUAUGUACGUACAGGUCUAUAAAAUUCAUUGAACUCUUUUUCUUUUAAAGUAGCUGAUAGCGAAUGAAUAUUAACCUUAAAAA